UGCGGGUUGGCGCGCCUGAACAGACAGAGCAGAAGUCAGUGCACGCGCGGACGCGAAGCCGAACGUGUUCAUACGUAUGUUAGAUUCUCUCUUCCUCUGCCACUCGUUCGUUCUCUCCCUUUAACUUCGUCUCUCUCCCGAUUACGCCGGAAAUUCUCUGCAUUUCCGGUCGUACGUGUUCAUGGUGUUUGUGUCUCGUAUCCAGUCUAUCCAGAUUCCCGGAAGGGACGCUCCUAAAGCCGGAGUCAGCCGCUGACAGUGACAUUAUGAAGUGAUUCCAUCGACAUUGGUAGCAGCAGAUACCAAGAUGGACGCCGAGGCAGCAUUGUUAGAAAACUCGCCAACCUUGUCGACGAUCUCGUCGGAUUCCACGGACGCGACGUACUCGGGACCUGGUUCGCCCUAUUCCUCAGAAUCUCCGAUCAUCGUCACGUCCUCCUAUAAAAUAAAGCGCGACAAUGAAGUCACGCCCAGACCAACGCUCAGACACUCACUGCCAUCCAGGAAGCCGAGCUUCCGGAUACGACCGCCCUACCUCAUGAUCUGCAUCAGCAUCAUCGAGAUAACCGUCCACUGCCUGGGAGACGAGGCGACGUUACGGAGAUGGCUGGUCUACGAUCCCCGUCAGAGGGUGCAGGGCUGGAGGUUCGCCUCCUACAUGCUGCUGCACUCGAACGCACUUCACCUCGCACUCAACGUGGUCAUUCAGCUGGUCCUGGCCACUCCACUCGAGGUGGAGCAGGGACGAUUAGGGGUGGCGACGAUCUAUUUGGGCGGUGGAGUGUGCGGCGCCCUGGGUGCAUCGCUUUUGCAACCCAGUCUUUACCUGGUCGGAGCUUCGGCCGGUGUUUACGCGCUGCUCACGAGCCAUCUCGCUCAUCUCUAUCUGUGCCAUGGCGAGCUACGCUACGCCGGUUGGCGUCUCGGCGCCGUGCUGUUGCUGGCCGGUGCGGACAUCGCGUCGCUGCCGAUCCCGGCGUUGCUAGGGUGCGGUCGGGUCGGCUGGGCAGCGCACGUGGCAGGCGCGUUAGCGGGCCCGCUUCUGGGUCUGGCCGUGUUCCCGAAUCAGAGCAAGAAGGACGCCCGGGGUCGCAGGUUCGUGCGAUAUGUGCGGCUGCUGUCGGCCGUGAGCGUGAUGCUGCUGAUCGUCGGCGCCGUGCUCGGCAACGUCUACCUGAUCGCCCUGCCGCAGCUCAGGAAGCCAUCCUGACAGAGGAUCGAGAUGCUCGUCAAACUCUGUAGGCGGUCCUUCCUGAUCGUGAAGAUCCGGGAGGCCGCCGAGAGUGUGUUCGAGUAGGUACGCGCCAUACGCAUGGGGUGAGGAGAGUAUACAACAUGGACUUGCCGAAUCUCCGAGCUCGUCGGCUCAAGAGUAAAACUGCCAGUGAACUCGUGCUCCUCGGCUAUUCAGGACUCGAAUCACUACUCGAAUCUACGCGUGAAUCUCGUGCAAUCAAAUCUCGCCGUCUCGUACCGAAAAAGCGAGAAUGGCUUACCAUCUCGGUCGCGAUUUCGGCUGAUCCGGAUGUGAGAGGGGAUCUCACUUUUCAUCUCCCAUCCCGCGGGAACUCGAUACACCAAGAAACUUGAGCUCGCGCGAAAAAGCCCGUGCGAGCGUGAGGGCUCGGUGAAUCGGCGGAGGGAAAUACCGGAUCGACCGACUUGAACCCUCGUUCACGUUACUCGCUGCCAUUAGCACGUCUAGAACUUUGAGGACUCUUGCUUGACGCGGUAGAGCGACGGGAUGUCCGAUGGAUGAAUGCAAAUUGCGACCGCGCGCGUCUAAUACUUUGAUAAAUUUCAUAUUAUAAUACAAAAACAAAGCUGGACUAAGCACUGCGAUUUUUUUACGGACCGCCGCGAUUACAACCAUUCGACAGGACCGUUGUACAGGUGAGUAAUAAGUAUUUGUGACUCUAAUUACUGAUUUCUCGCUAUAUAUCAAUCUCGUUGUAUCGACGAAGGGGAAAGAUUACGUAAGUGUAAAAUGUGUGUAUAAUAAAGAUACGAAGAAUCAUCAAAACCCAGUGCAAGAGACUGGAACGAUAUGCGUCGACGUUGGUUCACCCGGAAGUGACGGGUGAAUAUUGUGUAGAAUGUGAAAAAUAAUUUAUUUAAAUAAAUUUAAAUAAAUUCAGGAGAAAAAAUCAUUGUUACUGCUCGCGUGGUAGGAACCGCGAUUCCGAGUAUAUUAAAGCUAGCAUGUCGCUGGCUGUGUUAAGGACGUCGGGACAACCCUCAUCCUCUUCUGUAUUUGUAUUAACAAUUUAGCGUGUAUGAGACAUGUGUAAGGAGAUGUAUAAAAUAAAGCGAUCGCACACAUAUUACCAACGUAAACGUGUUGUAAUAUAAAGGAGAAAUUUUAAUAAUGGCAAGAUAAAUGUAUCGAUCGUUAAUAAACCAAAGUUUAACAAUAUGCGACUGAUUUCGGGCGGGAUUGCGCAAGCUCCGAACAAAUUGAUUAUAGUCACACAAUAUCGCAGUCACGAAUCAUCUUUCAAUAUUAUCAGGCAACGUAGAGCGACAAGAUGAUUAGUGCCCAAAAAAUGAAUUUCUUCAUGUUAAGCCACAGUCCUGCCAUAUUUCCCCGAUAAGUGUGCAAGAACGAACAAAUCUUUUAUAGCGUAACGAGACUAACACGCCUAAGGAUAAUCGCAUUUCUAUUUACAAAGCUAUAAAAUUUGCGGAACAUUUACAACGUAGCGUAUAUUAUCUUUAACAUGUUGUUAACUGUGCAGUGUGAUUGUUAAGAGUCCGUGUGCGUUCACUAGAUUUGGAAAUGUUCAUCAGCUUUUGAACCAUUUCAUUCUGUUUUCCUCUGUUUUAAUUUAUCAUAACAUGAAUAAUUAUUAUUGUUGUUACAGCUUAAAUUAACGAUUCGGUUAAAUUUGCUCGACGAAACUUUCGAGUAAACGAUUAGGCGAAAACUAAGCGAGUGUGCGAUAACAGAUCGUUUUUCAAAAUCAAGCGGUUUGACUUAAGAUACUUAUGUACUUAUUUGAAUAUAUUUCAAAUUAUAUUUUAUCUUUGCGAUUUGUUUGUUGAUGCUCGAAAAGAUGUCAGAAAAGUUUUAUUAUCGCGUGUUAUUAAAAGAAUAUAUCAAUGCCAAAGUGAAUGACAUAAUCGUGCAUGACAUACACAUACACAUACACACACACACACACACGCGCGCGCGCGCGCACACGCACACGCACACACACACACACACACCACAUAAAAGCAUGUAACGAUAUAGAACGAAAAGUCGUAUGCGAGAAAAAUGUGUUCUCUCCCCUGGGCAAUUAAUCUUAUACUCUCGUAUACUUACUUAUUUAUCAAUGUUUACAUGAGGCAAACUGGCUGUGAUUAUGUUAGCGUUGUCGUCGACACGAUUAUGAAUAUAUUAUGAAAUCUCUCUUGUAAAUAUGGAUUAUUAAAUAUAAAUAUAUACACACACAUACACAUACACGUACUGUGAUUUCAUCGCGAGUAUAUAAUGAGGCCCCGUUACCUCCAUUGUAUAUCGAAACAAUCGAUUGCCUGCAAUAAAGUCGAGUGAAUCAUA